UUGCUUAGUCUGUGAGCGAAAUAUCUGGAAAAAGCAAGCUCAAUGGUUUCAAAUUGAAAUGGGGAAUUUGAAUGCAAAUCCAUAAGAUGUUAUUCCAAAUUCAUCAUCUAAGCUGUUACAUGAUAAAACAAUUGAAAUCUGUCAAUGUGUUUAGCCAACUCUGCAAAUAAUUAUGAGAAUAAAAUUAAAGGGUUUGAUAAGCACGAGGAAAUUAUUUUCAUCAAAUUGAAAAGGUGUUUCCCCUGAAAGCCUGGCAUAGGUUCAUCAACUUUCAAAAUAAAUUGGCAAUUGAUGAACAUAUUUGAUAAUUAAAACUCAUUCAAUUGACAAUUUGCCCUGAAUGGAGCCCAUUCAAUCCAGAUCAGUGAGUAAACAUUAAAUAAUGGUUAAAAUGAAAGACCCAAAAGGAUUGACAUUUAAUUGAACAAUGAUCGAUGGAAACCUUCACGGUCCAACGUAAAAAAUUUGAAAAUUGUUUCAACCAUGGAUUCAAAUGGUAAUCUUGUGCCAAUGGAAAACAAAGCCAAAAUUGAGUUUACUGUUGUGCCUUUGAAUGAACACUCAGAACUUGGAAACGAUGAAAUGAACAACAAUGACAGCCCACCUGUGAUUUUCGUUGAAACUGAACCAGUAAGCAAUCCAAUCAUGGAAUCAGAUGGAAACGAAUGUAAAAUUAAUAUGGAUCCAAUUGGAAUCACUUCAUCUUCAGUCAAGAUGUCACCUUUUCGAGUCUUUUUGUUUACAUCAAUACGUUUAAUAUUCCGUGCCCUUUCAUCGUUUGUCGGACUGUUUAUUUGUUCAUCGAGAAAUGCUCUUCCACCGAUUAAGGAUCCACUUCUCUUGAAGCCAGCAACAACUUUGGUUCCAAUGAUUAAAUCUGGUUCUUUGAAAAGUGAAACAUUGAUCAAAGCUUACAUAUCUCGGAUCAGAGAGGUUCAACCGCACCUAAACGCUGUAGUCCAAGAACGCUUUGAUAAGGCUUUAGUAGAAGCAAGACAAAUUGAUGAAGCCAUUGCAUUGGAAAUCAAAAAUGGUGUCUCAGCUGAUGAACCCAAUUCCAUUCGGAGAAAGCCACUUCUUGGCCUACCAUUAACGACUAAAAACUCUCUUGGUGUUCAAGGAAUGAUCAUGGACACAGGAUCAGUACCAAGAGCUGGAACUUUGGCCGAGAAGGAUGCCGAAGCCAUUGGUAGAGCACGUCAAGCCGGUGCCAUUAUCAUUUGUAUAACAAAUACUCCUGAAUUGGUGCUUUGGUACGAUUCCCACAACUUUGUCUACGGUAGAACCAACAACCCAUACGAUCUUGCACGAAUCCCAGGAGGUAGUUCAGGUGGUGAAGGCGCUCUCAUCUCCAGUUGUGGCUCUUUGAUGGGUGUAGGUUCAGAUGUCGGUGGAUCCAUUAGGAUACCUUCAUUUUACUGUGGUGUCUUUGGCCAUGCUACUUCACCCGGUGGUGUUCCUGUCACUGGCAUGUAUCCACCUCCAUGUAGGGCUUGGGCAAACCAUUUGUCUUUUGGUCCCAUUUGUCGAUAUGCAAGUGAUCUUCGAUUAUUGCUCAAAGCUCUAUCUCAAACUGAAGGUAGUGACCCAUUAAAACUCGAUGAAACUGCUUCUCUAGACAAUUUAACAAUCUACUAUUUUGAUGACAUUGGCAAUCCAUUGGCUAACCCUGCUGUUCCAGAAAUCAAAGAAGCUAUUCAAAAGACCUUGGAACAUUUCAGAAGCAACUUCAAUGCUCGAAUAGAGAAAAUUUCGCAUGGAAAAAUGUCCUAUUCUUUAUUCAUGUGGGCUGCUCAACUAUCAUCGGGAGAUGCUUAUCCAAUGGCUGUUGAAGCCGCACUUCGUAGAGGUCGAAUCAACCCUUACUGGGAAUUAGUCAAGUUUUGCUUCCAUUUAUCCCAACACACUUUACCUGUCAUCUUAAUGUCACUGUUUGAAUCAAUAGGACCUAAAAAAGGAUCCCCAAUGCAUGAUAAAGUGCUCGAGAAAGGAAAAGAAAUGAAGAAUCAUUUCACUAAAUUAUUGGGUCCAAGAGGAUUGAUAAUUUGUCCAACUCUUCCCAUUCCUGCUGUGAAACACAGAACAACACUUUUAAAUGGAUUUGAUCCAAGCUAUACCAUGUUUAGUAAUGUAAUUUCAUUCCCUUCAACUCACUGUCCAACUGGUUUGACCAAAGAAGGCCUUCCGGUUGGAUUUCAAAUAAUUGUCCCUCCUUUCAAUGACAAUUUGGCAAUUACAAUGGCAUGUGAAGUUGAAAAAUUAUUUGGUGGCUGGAUUUCACCGUCUGCGGUCAAUUGCUGAUUAAUUAUGUACAGAAUAGCUUAAUUACAUUCAAUGUAAAUCAACAUCAAUCUCUUUCAGUGAUGACUCCUUGAUUAUAAGGUUAUACCUUUUUGGCCAUCAUUUUGACCAUUGAAGCAACUCAAUUAAAAUAACUCAUUGUGUGUUCACAUUUCUUUGUUACCGAUUAAAUUUAAAUAAUAAAUUGCUAUUUUUUCAUUUCCUAUUUCAA